CUCGCUACCGAGAAAGUCCUGGGAGAGGCGAGAGCCAGGAGUGAGAAUUCAGCGGCCGCGGAGAGAGGACAGGUCAGAUCCAUGAACUCCAAGCCACGCUGCCGUUUUCGCCCCUUCUAACCGUUAGGUGCUCUGAGGGCCAUGGCUGAGGUGCACGUGAUCGGGCAGAUCUUGGGGGCCACUGGUUUCUCGGAAAGUAGCCUCUUCUGCAAGUGGGGCAUCCACACAGGGGCGGCAUGGAAGCUCCUGUCCGGCGUGCGGGAAGGCCAAACACAGGUGGACACCCCCCAGGUAGGGGACAUGGCCUACUGGUCCCACCCCAUCGACCUGCACUUCGCCACCAAAGGCCUCCAAGGCUGGCCCCGGCUCCAUCUCCAGGUGUGGUCCCAGGACAGCUUCGGCCGCUGCCAGCUUGCAGGCUAUGGCUUUUGCCAUGUGCCCAGCAGUCCCGGCACCCAUCAGCUGGACUGCCCCACAUGGCGGCCGCUGGGCAGCUGGCGGGAGCAGCUGGCGCGGGCCUUUGUGGGUGGCGGGCCUCAGCUGCUCCACGGGGACGCCAUCUACAGUGGGGCCGACCGCUAUCGUCUGCACACAGCCGCCGGCGGCACCGUGCACCUGGAGCUGGGCCUGCUGCUGCGCCACUUCGACCGCUAUGGCGUUGAAUGUUGAGGGACCCUGCCUCCAACGGGGCCAGCCCCCAUCCACACCCCCGGACACCCAGUGAGGGGCAGGAUGGCACAGUGGUCAGAAGAAUGGGCUCUAGAGACUGUCAGACCUGACCCCAGCCAAGGCAUGGUGCAGCUUCUGUCCUGGCUACCACCUCAGCCCAGUGACCUGCCCCUCUCGGGUCCAGUUUCCCCAUCUGUAAAAUGGGGGCAGUAAGCAUGUGGGCUCACAGCGGGUGGGGUGAGAAGGGCUGCUUCGCACAUGGAAGUGUUCAAUAAAGGAGAGCAGUUCCCACAGGUGUGGGUGCCUUCCA